CCAAGUUCGCCAACUCAAAAACACGAUAACCAUACGAGGUAGAUGGUUGAAAACUCAACGUUAUGGUCAGUGCCUCGAUGUUGUUAAUCAGGGAUCCGCAGGAAGCAGGGGAACCCACGUAGUUCGAUAUAUUAAAUUUCUUCCUCCUAAAUCCCGAUACAUUUUUCCAUCCUCCCUUUUCUCUUGAGCUUCUUUUCUAAGAUGAUUGGGUAAUUCCAUUUUAAGAUGUUCUCCUCGACUUAGUUCGUUCUAAGCGAUCGCUUGCGGAUGUUUUCUUCGCAAAUAGAAAGUGUUUACUGAUCAGCUGUUUUUGGAUUAGAAAGUCUAAAUUUGCUGAAUAUGUAGGUCAAGUUCAGUGUGUGUAUGAUUCGCGCCGACCUUGAUUAUUAAUGCACCGAUGCAGGGGUACAUUUUUUUCUCUUAUUUUGUUUAACAAUAGAAAAAAGGAUGAUCAUUGUAAUGCGCACGUAUUGUUGUCAAUCAUAUCACCACUUGUUCAAAGAAUGGAAUGCAAAGGUUUUGAAUCAUUUAGAAUUCCAGCUUUUUUAAAUGUGUAUUAUGGAUUACCGGUAUUGUUUUAUUAGCAGAUAAAUAUAUUUCAGUUAUAAUGGGGUUUUGGAACCAAUUGUACCUUCUAUUAUGGAAGAAUUUUACGCUUCACAAGAGACAAAAGGUACGGUUAGUGGUGGAAAUAGUCUGGCCAUUAUCUUUAUUUCUUAUUCUUAUGUGGGUUAGAAGCAAAGGCUUAAAGUAUGCAGCCCAUCAAUGUUAUUUUGAUGAAAAAGCUAUGCCUUCAGCUGGUAUUUUACCCUUUCUACAAAAUUCUAUAUGUACGUUUAAUAAUACCUGUUACCCUACUAUGCACACAGAAGAUGCAAGAGAUACACUACUUCAAUUAAAUUCCUCAUCAAUUCUGAGUUUUGCAGAAGAAUUAGAAGAAACUCUUAGUAAUCAUUUAACAAGUGAUGUCAAAAGAUCUUUAGAUCGCAGUUUAGAUGAUUUUAAAACCAUUAAUUUUUUUAUUAAGAAAUUAACAGAUCCUCAAGUUCCUAUUUUUGGUAAUUUACAAUUAAGUAGUUUAAUAAAAGACAAAUCUUCUUUUAAAAAAAGUAUGAGGCAUAAAAAUAUAAGGAUAUCAAAGCAAGCCACUGACAUUUUGUUAUCUUCAAAUAUUAGUUUUUCUGGUGUACAAAAGAUAUUUGAUCGUGGUCGUCAAAGCUUAGGUGAACACCUUUGCCUGUCCGAUGGCCUAGAGGACAUCCUAGAUGCCCCCUAUUCUCAGGAGAGUGCUCUAGUAGAAGAACUGUGUUACCUUAACACCAAAAAAGUUGAAAGGUUAUCUCUUGAACUGGCCAGGCAUGUAGAUUACAAAGAAUUUUUAAGCCAGUUUUCAAGUAUUAGUGCCAACAACACUGGAAAAAAACUGCAUCUGAACGACUGGAAAAAAGUGAUGAGUGCAAGCCAAAACGCUAUCAAUGAUAUCACGAGCAUGAACAAUUUGUAUUAUAUAUUGAUGAACUUAAACACCACCUGGCAAAGACUUGUAGAAGUUUUUGAUUCAGAUGACGAGAACAAAACAAGUCAAUUAAUCCAAUUGUUUACCUGUGGUCGAAAUAUGUCUACGCUCUUUGAUCAAGACAGCGGUGGACCAGCUCGUCAUUUUGAAGAAUUACGUCAGCAGAUGAAGAACGACAGAGAAAUUUCUGCAAAGAAUGAUGAUUUUAAAUAUGUAUACGACAACACUACAACUGCCAAAUGCAACAGCCUGUUUCGAACUUUAGAACAAAAUAGACUAACUCGUAUGUUAUGGAGUCAAAUGAAACCAUUUGUGAGAGGAAAAAUUAUUUAUUCACCCAACAGCAGAGCUGCUUACAAAAUUAUAGCCAGAGUGAAUGAAACUUUUUCUCCCCUUGUAAAUGCCGUUGAGUUGAGCAACCAGUGGCUUGAUACCUGGUCUGUUAAAAUAUCCGAAGUUCUGAACAAAAGCCAUGAUCAAUUAGCUAUUAUUGAAGAAUUAUUGCAGCCCGGUAACUUGCCAUUUCAAGAUUUGUUGGAGGAGCUGUUGUCUAAUGUGACUGUUACUGGAAAAACAAAUGAGACCUUGUUGACUGUGAUAGAAACCAUGAAUGAAAUAGCCAAAGAAAUUCUCUCAAAUUCAACUGCAUGGUUAAAUAAAGUAAACAGUGUGAUUGAGGAAGUCAGAGAUUACUUAGAGUGUUUUGAACUGAAUCGUUUUGUUGCACUGAAUACAGAGAAGGACAUUGUGAUGACUGGUUUGGAUCUUAUUAAAGAUAACAAACUUUGGGCUGGUGUUGUGUUCAAUGAUCUGGAAAAUCGAGAUCAACUGCCCCAUUUCAUACAGUAUAAGAUACGAAUGGCAGCCAGUAAAGUGGACAGUACAAAGAGAGUCGAGGACAGAUUUCAUACGCCUGGACCACGGAGAAGACCAGGGAUUGACAUGAAGUAUAUCACGUUUGGAUUUGCUUAUCUGCAAGACAUGAUUGAGCAUGCAAUCAUCAGGGAACAGACAGGAAGAACGCAAGAAACUGGAAUUUACUUGCAGCAAUUUCCAUAUCCAUGUUACAUAUUUGAUCAGUUUAUCAUGGCCCUUUCUCGAACAUUUCCAUUGUUUAUGGUUCUGUCUUGGGUGUACACCAGCUCAAUGAUUAUAAAAUCCAUUGUUUAUGAAAAAGAACGUCGACUGAAAGAGGUUAUGAAGGUGAUGGGCCUCAAUAAUGGCGUCCUUUGGCUGGCUUGGUUCAUUAAAAGUUUUCUUAGCAUGCUGGCCAGCUGCUUUCUUCUCAUGCUAGUCCUUGUGUUUGGAAAAGUGAUGGAGAACAGUGAUCCUGGUGUGAUAUUUGUGUUUCUUUUGUGCUAUUCUGUAUCCACUAUUAUGUUAUCAUUUCUGUUUAGUACACUCUUCUCUAGAGCUAACCUUGCUGCAGCAGCUGGUGGCAUGCUCUUCUUUAUCAUAUACAUUCCAUAUCCAUUUCUAGUCAUGUGGGAGGAUCAGAUGUCGCUCGGCAAAAAACUAGCCAAUAGUCUGUCUUCCAAUGUUGCUUUUGGGUUCGGUUGCAGUUACAUCAGCCAUUAUGAAGAAGAAGGUGUUGGGGCUCAGUGGUCCAAUAUCCACGAAAGUCCCAUUCCUGGUGAUGAUUACAGUAUGUUACAGGUCAUGAUAAUGCUGCUCUUUGAUGGUUUUAUUUAUGGAGUCCUCACAUGGUACAUAGAAGCUGUGUGGCCUGGUCAGUAUGGCGUUCCAAAAUCAUGGUAUUUCUUUGUCACUAAAUCUUACUGGUGUGGUACGGAACUGAAAGAAGCACCAGUGACAGAUAUAGAAGCAAGAUCCAACUUUAGUGGUAAUGUAGAUUUUGAACAAGAACCGAAUGAUCUGAAACUGGGUGUGUCCAUUCAUCAUUUGACCAAAAUAUAUUCCAACAAGAAGCUGGCAGUGGAUGAUCUUAGUGUGAAUUUCUACGAAGGUCAGAUCACAUCAUUUUUGGGACACAAUGGAGCAGGAAAGACAACAACCAUAUCAAUAUUGACUGGGAUGUUUCCUGCUACGACUGGAACUGCUAAGAUUUAUGGCCAUGAUAUUCGAGCAGACAUGGAUUGUAUUCGACGAAGUUUAGGAACUUGCCCUCAGCAUAAUGUUCUAUUUGAGGAUUUGACUGUUUUUGAGCAUUUGUGGUUUUAUGCUCGGUUGAAAGGAGCCAGAGACGAAGAAGUUUCUGAGGAAGCGGAAGAAAUGAUUAAGGACAUGAACCUGAAACCAAAAACAAAUGAAUAUUCAAAAAAUCUCUCUGGUGGCAUGCAAAGAAAAUUAUCAAUUGGUAUAGCAUUUGUAGGUGGAUCUCAAACCGUUAUUUUAGAUGAGCCUACGGCUGGUGUAGAUCCCUACGCCAGGAGAUCCAUUUGGGAAUUGCUUUUGAAAUACAAGUCAGGUCGUACAGUCAUAUUAACUACUCACCACAUGGAUGAAGCUGAUUUACUGGGUGAUCGAAUAGCAGUUAUAAACAAUGGGAAGUUGAGGUGUUGUGGAUCCUCUCUGUUUUUGAAAACCCGGUUUGGCAACGGAUAUUACUUGACUCUGGUAAAAUCAUGUGAUUACAAUCUCUCUCAGAGAAACAGCAGGGGAUCUUCGAGUACAGUGAAAGAUAACUCUACCACCAAAAGCACUAGUGAAAUGACCGAUGAGGGUGUAGCAGACAUGUCUACAGUAGAUUCAAAAUCAGAUUUAUCUGAAAACAAUGUUCUGUCUGACAAUGGAUUUAAUUCCACAUCCAGUUCUCCUUGGGGUGGUUCUUGUAUCAUAUCGCAAUUGACACGGUUCAUUCAUAACCACGUACCUGAUGCAAAGUUGAUGGAAGAUGUUGGUUCUGAAGUAUCUUAUCUAAUACCUCCCUCUGCGCAGAGAUCUGGAGAGUUGCAGAGACUUUUCAAAGCAAUGGACGGCAAUCUGGACGAAUUACAUAUCAGCAGUUACGGCAUAUCCGACACUUCACUCGAAGAGGUUUUCUUGAAAGUCACUGGAGAAGCUGGAAUUGUUGAACCCGAAGAUGAAGCUACGCCUGAGGAUGAACUUGCUCAAAACAUGGAUAAAGAGAAGAGCAAAUGGUUCAGUUUCAGAAGCACAUUAUUACACCUAAAACUUCACAGUAUUGCUAGGUUCUUUGGUAAAGAAAUCAGUGAUAAAAAUAUUGCCAUGACUUCUGAAGAAACAGCUGUAAGGGAAAGCCUGACGGGUGGAAACGUUGUGUGUGAUAACAACACACAUGUAGAUUUGCCACCUUUCCCUGAGCUUUCUGAGAAACGCAUAUCUGGAGCUAAAUUGGUACAACGCCAAAUGGCUGCUUUCCAUCUUCGAAGAUUCCAUCAUUCUAGAAGAAAUAUCAAAGGCUUAUUUUGUGAAAUUGUGAUGCCUGCUGGAUUUAUUUGUGUGGCUUUAGUAUUAGCUUUAUUUAUUCCUCCUCUUGUUGAAGAACCUCCUUUAGAAAUUCAACCCUGGAUUUAUGGACCUCCCAACAAUAUAUUUUUCAGUAAUGAAGACACCCAGAGUCCUAUAUCUCAAAAAUAUGUUGAGUCACUUUUAUCUCCUGAAGGAAUGGGUACAAGAUGUGUUAAAAAUCAUCCUCUUGAAGGUCUACCUUGUGAACCAUUUAGCUUUAACAGAUCCUUCUUAAUUGAUCAAAAUCCAAACAACAAUACAUAUUUAGAACCUUGUUUAUGCACAAUUGGAACUCAGGCAUGCCCGGCAAGUGCUCUCGGAACGAAACCCCCUAGUGUUGCUGUUAGUAGUUCUGAUAUUGUUUAUAAUAUGACUGGACGAAAUAUAUCUGAUUGGUUGAUAAAAACUCGUAAGAACUUCUAUAAGCAAAGAUAUGGUGGUUUCUCAUUUGGCCUUAAAAAUCCAAUCACAACAGUGAACUUCACAUUCUUCCAUUAUAUAAUCAACAGAUUUGCUGAUCGAUUGUUAAAUGAUGAUCAGCUCACAAAAUUGAGGGAUACGGUGAUCAACCUUGAGGAUAAGUUGAGAAGUGUGGAAGUGUUUGACAACAUCAAAGUUUGGUUCAAUAAUAAAGGCUGGGCCUCAUCUAUUGCUUACAUGAAUGCAGUGAAUAAUCUUAUCCUGAGGUCUCACUUGCAACCGGGUGCCAAUGCCAGUUUCUAUGGGAUAUCUGUUAUCAAUCAUCCAAUGAACUUCACACAAGACCAGCUUAAGGAUGAAGUACUAGAACGUAAAGGUUUGGGCUUGAUGCAUGCUGUGUGCUUAAUUUUUGCCAUGUCUUUUGUAUCUGCAAGCUUUGUUAUGUUCCUUAUUGAAGAUAAAGUCACAGGAUCAAAACAUUUGCAGUUUGUUAGCGGUGUCAAACCUGUUAUAUACUGGAUAGGAACUUAUACAUGGGAUCUGUGCAACUACAUGGUGCCAUUCUUUUUAUGCAUCUUGAUAUUCUAUGUAUUUGGAGAAGAUGCUUAUGUUUCCAAAGACAACAUUAUUGGAUUUUCACUUCUUCUGUUUUUAUACGGGUGGUCAAGUAUACCCUUGAUGUACCCCACCACCUAUCUCUUCUCCAUCCCCAGCUCAGCAUUUGUCGCACUAGCUUGUCUUAAUGUGUUCAUCGGAAUCGUCACCACACUUUCUACCUACAUUCUAGAACUUUUUACAGAUAAAGAAUUGCAAGAUAUUGCUGGGAUUUUGAAGCAAGUUUAUUUAAUAUUUCCUCACUACUGUUUGGGCCGUGGUCUUAUGGACCUUUACACCAAUCAACUUGCCUACGAAACCCUAGCAAGCUUUGGUAUCACUUUGUUCAGGAAUCCACUGUCUUGGGAUUUCUUGGGAAAAAAUCUUAUAUACUUAGCACUUCAAGGAUUUAUUUAUUUUUCCAUCACCCUGCUCAUUGAAUACAAAUUUUUCAUCAGAAAACGAAAUUUCCCCAUUUUACCAACAUCUUCAGAAGUAGAAGAUGAUGAUGUUGCCUUAGAAAGAUCAAAAGUACUUGGCGGACAUUGCAGUAAUGCCGUCCUCAGAAUGGAAAGUUUGACAAAGGUAUAUAAGCCUGGUCAGUAUCCUGCUGUGAACCAACUUUGUGUUGCGGUUCAGCCUGGUGAAUGCUUUGGUUUACUCGGAAUGAAUGGAGCUGGUAAAACAACCACUUUUAAAAUGCUCACUGGUAACACUUCCAUUACAUCCGGGAAUGCAUACAUCGCUGGUCAUAGCAUCAAGACUGACAUCGAUAAUGCUCGUCAGAGUAUUGGUUAUUGUCCACAGUUUGACGCUCUUGAUUCUCAUCUGACUGGUUAUGAACAUUUGGAAUUUUAUGCAAGGCUCAGAGGAAUACCCGAAAAACACGUUCGAAAGGUCGCUGUGUGGGGCAUUAGAAAAUUAGGCCUCCUUGCUCACGGUCAUCGAUGUGCUGGCACAUAUUCCGGAGGCAACAAGAGGAAACUGUCCACUGCUAUAGCUCUAGUAGGAAAUCCAUCUGUUGUGUUUUUGGACGAACCAACCACAGGAAUGGAUCCAAAAGCUAGAAGGUUCCUUUGGAAUUGCAUCAUAGAUAUUGUAAAGGAAGGUCGUUCUGUUAUCCUUACAUCCCACAGUAUGGAGGAAUGUGAGGCCUUAUGUACACGUUUGGCUAUCAUGGUCAACGGGCAGUUCCGUUGUCUAGGGAGUAUUCAGCACCUAAAAAAUAAGUAUGGUCAUGGUUAUACUUUGACAUUAAGAGUGACCAACUCCUUGACAGCGAUGGAGGAAGUGAGGAGGUUUAUGGAGAAUACAUUUGGAAGUGCUGCAUCUUUACAAGAGCAGCAUCUCAACCAGAUGGAGUAUCAGUUGGCACCUUCGCUCUCAUUAGCAAUGGUUUUCCAAGAGUUGGAAAGAGCACGCCAAAUGCUGAGUAUAGAAGACUACUCAGUCUCUCAAACUACUCUAGAUCAAGUGUUUAUCAGCUUUGCAAAAAUGCAGGCAGAUGUAACAGAAGGAGUUCCUACAGAAAGUAUAGCUCAUCAAAUUGUAAGAAACAAAAGAGGCAAGAAAAAAGGUGUGAGUGAAAACGGUGCAGCGGUCCUGGGCGACAUAGAGUUGCUGGUCCAACACACAUAUGCGUCCAGUAACACAAAUUCACCUGCACACAUGGUUUGAAGUACAUCUCUCUCACUUUACGAGAAACCUGCCAAAACACUAUAAACAAAAAAAAAAGCUCAUUUCGUCUUCAUGAACAUUUUAUACAUAAAGACAAUUGAAGCAGCUGAAGCAAAGGAAAAAUCAAAGUUGCAGCUUUUUACGUUCUGCAGCCUUGUUGUACAGAAGUCGAGAAGUGAUCGAAAACGGUUUUUAAUUUUAAUUCAGGACGUGUCGUCAUUUGAUGCAGUAAUUUCGGUAUUUUUUUUAAUUUAUUAUUAUUAAUAGCUGUGAUAUGUGUUGUUUCAUGUUCUGUGUAUUUGUGCAUAAUUCUUUACAUAACUUGCGUUUUUUUUAUGAUCAUUGACUAUGCACGAAAAUGUAUUGUUGUAGGUUUGUAAAAUAUGACAUGAAGCCUUACUGGAUUUCUUUUUUUCAUUAUAGAUUCUAAUUUUGUAAUUAAGUUUAUUAACAGUGUAUUAAGUAAGUUAGAAACUCAAAAUCGAAAUAAGUGUAAUGUGUGUGUAAAUUAUGAACAGUCUGUCUCUUUUUCUUUUUUUUUUGUAUAUAUUCAACAUUAUUUUAAUUGCACAGUAACUCUUUUUUUUUUCAUAAUACACAUUGUUUUAAUGGCAAAGUUCCUUUCUUUUUCAAAACUCUUCAGGGCUCUUCAUACAUAAAUAAAAUAUUUUUUUGUAGUUUAAUACUCUCCAAAUUCAUUUGUUUUAAUCCGUUAUGUGAUGUUCAUUAUUAUUUCAAAGUCUAAUUAUAUAAAUUAAACUUUGUUCCAAAUAAACUUAUGGAGAUAAUAUUUCACAGUAUGCAUUUGAAUUACAGAAUUAAAAAGAAUUCUGAAACAAGUUAUGUUUUUUUCUUUUCAUCUUUAACCAAAGCAAAUUGGGAAAUUUACUUUAUAGGUGGCUAAUAUUUACCUUUUUACUAAUUUUACUUUUAUAGCAUUGCUUUUUUAAGUUAAACAAACAAUGUAAUGGAUUUAUCAAUGGAAAUCUGUUAAUUUCUAUUAAAUGCUUUUUAAUUAAGAAAAUUUUUCUUAUCAAAUUAACAAUAUAUUUAAAUUUUUGUGUCUGAAAUACUAGAAAAACCGUACAAGGUUUAUAAUUAAUUGCAGUUUAUUUAUUUGCAUUAAUAUAAUUAUAUAUUUAAACUUAAUAUUUUAACAUGUGUCUGCAUGCUCAAUUUUUUUAUCACAUAUCAUAUAUUAAGUUAGAAAAUUUUUCUAAAGAUGACCUUGUUUUGACUUUCCUCCAAAAAAAAAAUGAAUACACCAAAGUAAUGAUGUCAUUUCUGGUUAUAGUUGUCAACUAGGUGGUUGACUAACCAAAUUUGAAUUUUAAAGAAAAAUCUGUGAUUUACACCAAAGAUCGUAUUUAACCAGAUUUAUCAUUAUAUUAAAAAUCUGGCUAUUCAAAAUAUCAUAUAUAUAAUAAUACCAAAUAACAUAUCCAAAAUCCUUUGUUGUUUCAAUAACUGUUGUUGACAUUUUUCAUUUUGACAAAAAAUAGAUAAAUCUAAAUUGUACAUAAGAAUUUUUUUUCCCUUUGUUGUUUUUAAACGCUAUAACAAGACGCACCUUAUGUUCCAAAGUAUUAAUUAUGUUAAAAUAUGGUUUUAAAUUUUCAUUCUACUAUCAAAUUUUGUUAAAAAAGAAAAGUUAAAAUAAAAUUUACACUGAAUUAUUUAAAAAUACAAAGCCUCAUUAAGCUAUUUUUUCCUUGUAUAAUAAAAACGAAUAAUUUCUAUGAAUAUUGCUCUGCAAUUCCAUAACACACUUAAUGUAUCUUUGUUUUAAAAAAAAUACAAUACCAAACUCUUAACAUUGUCAUUGUUUUAGCUAUCGAUGCUAGUCGCCAAAAAAUGUCUACAACUGUUACUAUGUACAAUUUUCAAGCAGCGUUUUUAGUUUGACAAGACAAGAAAUAUAAUACUUAACUUACGUUGUCAUACGAUCUCAAACUAAUCAUAUCCGAGUGCAAAGAAAUCACAACAAAUUUUAUGUUUCUAUAGUAAUCUGUGAAUAAAAUUCCAAAAAAAAAAUUUUUUUUUCCUCCAAGCAUCUAUUGGGAUUGUAUUUUAACACAGCUGUAUAUUGUGCAUAUUAUUUUUUAAAAAGUUCUGUUGUGGUACUGUGAUAUUAUAUCGGUGAGCAAAAUAAUUUUCUUUUUCUUAUGUUAAGCUGCAUUUUCUUUUUUUGCAUCUGCUACUAACCUGAGAGACAGUAUCAUAAAAUGUCUAUAAUUUUAAUAUUUUUUUGUUAUAAUUUGCAGGUUAAAAUAAAAUAAUUGCCAUUGUAUUGUUGGUCUGCUGCAAAGUUUUGAAUACUGAAACACGUCAGAUUCAAAACCAUUUUAAUAGAUAACAGGCAAAAUUAUAAGUGGUCCACUGAUCUGAGACCACUAAAACAGAAUUUAGACUACUAGAAAUUACCCAACAGGACUGGUGAACAAUAAUUUCAAAUGAACACACAUAUCCUUAAAAAAAUUUACUAUUGUUGCCAAAAUUGUAUAAACAAUUUUAAUUUUUAAUAAAAAAUCUGAGCAAAAAGACUUUCUACAGACCAGUAUUAUUUUUGGCCUACUAAUUGCAAUUGAUAGUUAAAAACAUAAAUCAUAGCUGCCAAUGCUACUGGAUUUUCCAGUAGACUAUUGGAUAUCGCCAGUUUCUACUGAUUUACUGAAUUUGAUUAAAAUUCUACUGGUUUUUGUACAUUAUAGAAAAUUCCCUAAAAUUGAGUAAGUUUCCUAAAAAAAUCCCUAUUGAAGUAGAAUUUUUUGCUAUCUUUGAUGAAUUAAAUGCCUAUUAAUAUUCAAAAUUAUGGAUAAAUUCAUAAUACAUAACAUUUCAAGCAUGUUUAAUCUUAAACAUAACUGGAAAAUAUUGCAGUUUUUCUAUUUUGAUGACUAUAAAAGUCCCUAAAAUUCCCCGUGUCUAAAAUAUUUAGUACAUUAUGCAACAAUUAUCUUGAAAUUUAUAUUAUUUCGUACAAAUUUUUCUGGAUAUUUUUCUAUCCAUGUUGGCAAGUAUGCAACUCACACCAGUAUUAGUUCAAGCAUAAUUAUUAUAACAAUUAAAGAUUAUAUUAUGGCUUAAUAUUCGCAACAGUAUCACUUCAGAUUAUUAUACACACCAGUGAACUUCAGACUUAAUACUUAACAGCAAUUAAAUUAACAAAUAUAAUUUUAAAUUGCUCUAGACUCAUCUUUUCCCCCUCCACAUUUAAGACUAUCAAUGUUUAACACAGUAACCCUAUUAUUUUGAAGCCAACCCAGAAGAUAAGGAAAAUCCUGGAUCAAACAUUAGAACUUUGUUAAAGAUCGUUUGAAUAAUAUCUAACUUUUGCAUUACAUGGAGAGGAAAACCUUCCAUGGUUAGCUUGAGUACAACCCAUUAUCCAUCUGCCAUAUUUAUCUUAUUGAUCAGCCACCAGGAUUUGAACCUAGGUCAUCUCUUUGGGUUAUAUGGCAUUCAGUUCACAGCAUUUAGAUCAGCUGACCAAUAGCAAUUUCUUUUUCUGCCUGCAUAUUUUUAAAAAAAAUAUUAAAAUGACCAAAAUUUUUUGUGCUGCUAUCACUCAGGACUAUAACUGCCCAGUUCUCUUGAAGACCUGGUUGUAUAUUUGUAAAUUGUUUUAUGUGAAUAUUUUUUUUGAUUGAUUGAUUGAUGUGACUCAAGAAAUGGAAAUUCAAAUCUAGCAAUUAGACUCAGGGUUCCUAGACUUAAAAAAAAAAUAAAAAAAAUUUCUUUAUUACAUGUGAUGCACAUAUUCAUCUUUGUCCUUUGUCUGAAUACAAAUUUUUAUUAUGUCAUUAUUAAAUGACGUUCUUUGGUAACUAUCUUGUCAUGUUAAAAGUUAAGAUAGUGAAUAGCAUUGUCGUCUUGUUUGUAAAUAGCAUUUUACUUACUUUUUUUUACCCCAUAAAUUGUUACUUAAAAAUACUUCUUCAAUUACAGUUUUCUACGUAAAAGAUAUGGGUAAUCCAUAUAUACUAGAAUAGGGCGAGCCUUGAAUUAUUUUUAAAAGUGUGCAUAUUAAUGUGCCACUUUCUAUAAAAAUAUAUUUAAAUUAUUUUUAAAUCUAACACAAUGUAUUUAAUUUUAUAACUGUCUUUCAACAGCCGACCCAAUUUUGGGUUUACGACUACUAAUGUUCAACUCCGUAGCCUUGUAAUUUUGAACCAAUCCAGAAGACAUGGAAACUCCUAGAUCAGUACCCCCAGAGGAGAACGUGGAGGACUAAGUGACUAGACAGAUUUAACGUGCAUCAGUAACCAUUUACUACACGGGGAGUCUUUGUGGCUGACUGGUAUCGAACCCAUGCCCACUUGGACAUGGGCCCAGUGCCCGACCAACUAGACUAUCCCAGCCCUUAACACAAUUUAUUAAAAAAAAAAUUCAUUAAUCUAAAAAUCUUCUUAAAUAAGUUCUUUUACUUGCCAUAGGCUAGCAGUUCCCAAAAUGAAAUCCACUUAACUUUAGGGUUCUGUGAACCUUUCCAUUUAAAAUAACUACAUUCAACAAUACGUUUCUCUGAUAAUCAUCAUUUUCAUUAUUGUGUCUAAAACCAUAAUUCAGUUUAUAGAUACACCAAAAUGAAAUUCUAAACUAGACUAGGUGCCGCAGCAGAUCUGUGAAUUCAACUGUCAAGACAAGUAUUGAUAAAAUUUUACGCAAAAAAAAUCCAUAAGUUUUUCCAUUAAAUAUUUACAAAAUAAGAAAGUCUUUUCUUGUUUAAUUCGUUCUCUGUCUGAAGUCUCUGUCAAAUUAAAAGAACGAUCAAUUAAGAUUCCAUAGCCCCUAAAAAUUGGGAACCGCUGCUCUAGGCGAUUAAAAAAUCUAUUCUAGUUUU